AAAAGAUCAAAGACCUGGUCACACUGUCUGACGAGGACAUUCUCAACAUUGAAACCAUUCUCCAAGUUCUGAAGCCAAUAAAAACAGUAACUACAAAGAUGUGCAGCCAAACACAUCCAACUGUAUCAAUGAUCCAUCCAUUCAAAGAGAUGCUCCUGAAACACUUGAAGAGAUCUUCUGGGGACAACACCCUGGUUGCUGAUGUGAAGAAGGUCAUUCGAUCUGACUUGGAAUCCAGGUAUACAGGUGGUGUGCUAGAUUACCUUCUAACAACCUCAGCUGUGGACCCAAGGUUCAAAAGCAUGCCUUAUCUAGACGAAGCCGGAAGACACAAGGUUUACCAGGCACUUCAAGACGCAGCCAUUCAGUUCCACCAGUCUCAUGUUGAGGCUGUAAGAAUCAAGACUGAACCAGGAGAGCAAUCUGGCCCAGCACUUCCCACUCUGCCUACCACAGAUCUUGAAAAUGAAGAGGUGCAACUGCAAGCUGAGACAACAGAACCAGUGCUGAAAACAGAAAACAGAGAAGAAUCACAUUCUGAUCUUAGUGAUCUCUUUGGUGAUGUGUUUGUUGUUAAAGUAGAGGAGGGUCUGAGUGUCUAUGAGAGACUGGAUGCAGAAGUGAAAUCCUACAGGAAUGAUGAGUUCCUUGCCCUUGAAGGGGACCCACUGCUGUGGUGGAGGGGAAGGGAGGGAAAGUAUCCCCUCUUAGCCAAGUAUGCCAAGUGUUGUUUAAGUGUACUAGCAACAAGUGUGGCAAGCGAGAGGGUGUUUUCCACAGCAGGUGAUAUAGUUACUGCUCAGAGGGCAUGUCUGAGCAGUGACAAUGUUGACAAGCUAGUCUUCCUGGCCAAAAACAUGAUCAUCCCAGAUGAUUUGCAGUAAAUCUGUAACUCUGUGGUAUUGGUACACUACAUAAACUUGUUUGUUUUAAGUUAAUGUUGACUGUUAGUGUUUGACAUUAGUAGACACUAGCCAGGUAGGGUCAUACUAGGCUGAUAGCCAAAACCUUAUGAUGUUAUCCUAAACAAUGUGUAUUUCACUAUUUUGAUUUUAAGUCUUCCUUGUAAGUGGCUAGGAACAUGAUCCUUCCAGAUGGUUUGUACUUUUGCAGUGAAUCUGUGACAGUGAAUAUCUGGUUUACAAAGUGUAAACUUAUUUGUUUAUUU